GCUUUCCGCUUGAAACGGACAAAGGACGAGUGCAGGCAACAUGGCGAUCCUCUCCCAUGUCAUCACGUUUCUUUCAGCCCAUAUCAUCGAAAUAGCUUUGACGUUGGUGAUCGUACAUUUCACGAGGAAUUACUUCACCCCGGGGGUAGUCAGGAUUCCCGGCCCGUUUCUGGCCAAGAUAUCGAAUGUCUGGCGGUUUGUGGAUGUCGCGCGGGGAAGACCCGAGGUUACGCUAGAUCGGUUGCAUCGGGAGUAUGGGGAGUAUGUGCGGUUGGGGCCGCAGGUUGUGAGUGUGGCGAAUGUGGAUGCGGCAAAGGUGAUUUAUGGGAUUAAUAAAGGGUAUCAGAAGACCGGCUUUUAUCGUGUGCAGCAGCAGCUUGCAAAAGGCAAGCCAACACAGACCCUCUUCACAACGACCGAUGAGGAUUUUCAUGCCAAGAUCAAACGACCCGUGUCGGCGGCGUAUUCGAUGAGUACGGUCGCCGAGUUCGAGCCGUUUGUCGACAGUACCACGCGGACAUUGUUUGGGCGGUUGGACGAGUUUGCGGAGAAGAACGAGGCGUUUGAUAUCGCGAUAUGGCUGCAAUACUACGCGUUCGAUGUCAUUGGCGAAAUGACCUUUAGCAAACAGCUGGGCUUCCUGGAGCAGGGCCACGAUGUGGAAGGGAUCAUCGCGUCGUUGGAGAAGACACUCGAUUAUGCUGGAAAGAUUGGCCAGAUGCCCUGGCUAGACAAUGUCCUGCAAAAGAACCCUCUCUGGCAGCUCAUCCGGGGCGGCUCCACUGGGGCUAUUGCACGUUUUGCGCGCGAUCGCAUGCAUGAGCGACUGUCUCAAUCCGAUAGUAGACCAAAUACGCCCCGACGUCAAAAAGAUUUCUUGACUCGCUUCCUCGAGGCCAAGACAACUCACCCCAAUAUUGUCGACGAUACCCGGGUAUUUGCCUAUACGGUCAGCAACGUAAAUGCAGGGUCAGACACCACCGCCAUCUCCCUCCGAGCCGUUCUAUACUACACUUUGAAGAAUCGCGAGGUAUGGGGCAAGCUUCGGGAGGAGCUGCGGAGCGCGCUCCAAGCCGGAACGAUAACCGUUCCGGUAUCGUGGAAACAAAGCCAGGAGCUCCCCUACCUGGAUGCCGUCAUCAAGGAGGCUCUCCGUCUGCACCCGGCCGUAGGGCUCCUGCUGGAGAGGGUGGUCCCUGCGGAAGGCCUCCAAUUGCCAAACGGUCCCUUCCUCCCGGCAGGAACGAUUGUAGGCGUCAACCCGUGGAUCAUCCAUCGCCAUGCAGUUUUUGGCCAGGAGGUGGACAGGUUCAUCCCUGAGCGUUGGCUGCGGGGUAACGGCGAAUCUGAAACGGAGUUCCAAGCGCGCAGGCAGAAUAUGCUAGGGGCGACACUGACGUUUGGGGCUGGCCCCCGGACCUGCAUUGGUAAGAAUAUCAGUUUGUUGGAGAUGUACAAACUGAUCCCGUCUUUGCUCUUGGCGUACGAGGUUGAAUUGACAGAGCCGGAAGCCGAGUGGGAGGUGGUCAAUGCAUGGUUCGUGCGACAGAAAAAGAUGAACGUGAAAGUGACACGAACGGCACAAUAAUUAACUCGGAAAUGAGGUGGGACUCUUUGUCCAGUCUUCCCAGGGAUCCGAACCAGGCUCGGUUGGCAAAAACCUGCAAUCUGCAAGGCAGCGAAGGUCAAGCCCAACGUCUGGACAGAAGGGAACUUGGCAUCAUCCCUAUUGGAGUCCGAUUGAGCCACACGGGCAGCAGCGGAUGGGGAGCCAUGUAAUCUCGAGUGUGCCGCUUCUGAGACUAUAUUUCCUGGACGAGAACACGUUCGUCAUUGCCAUGACGCGCAGGGGACCCACCAUUGGAUGGCAUUAUCCCAUUCGGGACGCACUAGGCUAAUCAAUGAGGGUUGAUUACUACCGAUCAGGGAUCAUCAAGCGCAUCGUCGGCUUCGUUGACAUCCCA